AGAAUACAUUACAUUAUACCAAUGGGGACGAUGUAUUGACGGGCCAAGGUGUACUGCUUGUUUCACUUCUAUAGGUCAGUGGGUGAUCUCACCCGCUGUCAAUCCACAAUCGCGCGAUCUAGGCAGAGAGUCGCCGGUUUCUACGAAGUCGUAGUUACCUUGUAGUUGAUAUCUCAUAUGAGGAGGUGUGUUUCGUUUUGUUUCGUGAUUGCAUUAUUUCACAUGGGACGGGGCCCCGGAUGGAACCCGUUGUCAAGUCGAUUCAGUGUAAGGUUCUGAGUCAGUGUCAAGGGGCAAGGGAUUAGACAUCAGUGUCAAACAGCAACUUAACCGCCAUGUUUAAAUUCGACGAUCUUCUCCGAGAAGUCGGGCAGUUCGGACGAUAUCAGAUUUUGAAAUACGUCAUAUUUGUGUUCGGGAACAUCCCGGUUGGCUGGCAUACGCUGUCCAUCAUCUUCGCAGGGGGCAAACAGGACUACUGGUGCAAAAUACCGGAAUUAGGAAACUUCUCUUCCGCCGACCAGAAGGCUAUCGGGAUACCGCGGGAGAUGACUCUGUCGGGAGAGUUUUUUAAUAGUAAAUGCAGACGAUUUGAUUUGAAUUUUACGGAGAUUACCGAGUAUCAGUUACGUCACUGGAAUGAAUCGGAAAUUGUCGGGAAUACGACGAAGACGAUUGGUUGCUCUUCUUGGACUUUUGACCAAUCUGAGUACAUCUCGACGAUCUAUUCCCAGUUUGGUUUGACUUGUGACAGGAGUUGGCUUGUCCCCAUGACCCAGACCGUCUAUAUGUUUGGUUGGUUGCUAGGGACAACCAUUCUGGGAUGGAUCUCAGAUAGAUUUGGAAGACGAAUAGCUUACUUCCUGACCUAUACCGGCGUGGUGGUCAUGGGUUCGAUCCAGGCAUUCGUACCAAAUAUCUACCUCUACAUUGUGACGAAAUUAUUACUCGGUGCAUCUGGGGGCGCCUACUUUGCAGUUGGACUCGUGCUCAUUUUGGAGGUGACAGGCCAGAAACAAAGAGUCUUUGUGAGCGUCAUCUACCAUAUUGGAUUCGACACUGCCAUGUUCUUUCUCCCCCUUAUUGCAUGGUUCGUCAGAGAUGCCUACCACUUACAGAUGAUCCUAGGUGUCGUGCCAGCGAUACUACUUCCAACAUUCUUUUUUAUUGAUGAGUCUCCCCGUUGGCUGCUGCAGAAACACAGGUUCGACGAAGCAGAGCUCCUCCUGGCGAAAAUCGCUGAAACUAACGGGAAGAAGCUCCACGACUACGGGCAGUUAGUCACGGAGAUAAAGCAGGCAACGAGAGAUGUUGAAAGAGCACAGGACCUCGCCGCAAAAGUUGGCCAUCAACCAACCCUGAUUGACAUCAUGAAGAUGCCCAAUCUUAGGAAGAUAAGCUGCAUCAAUUUCUUACAAUGGUUCACAUGCGCCGGUUCGUUCUACGGCCUGAUGCUAAUGCCAACCAACCUGGGGACGAACGCCUACAUCGGUGUCGCAUUGGCUGGCGCCGCGGUGCCCGUGGCUUUCGCAAUUGUGAUCCCCGUGAUUAUAAAACUGGGUAGGAGGGUCUCGAUGGGAGGGACACUAAUCACCCUGGGGACGCUGCUGGCCGUUUCUGCCGUUGUGAUGAAUUUUCAAGUGCUCACGCCUCUGGUAGUCGUCCUCAUCUUCAUGUGUAGAGUCUGCGUGCAGGGAGCUUUCUGCACAAUUUACUUAUUCACUGUCGAACUGUUUCCGACCGUCGUGCGCAACAUUGGCGUAGGGACGGGGUCGUCAUUGGCCAGAGUUGGCGGUCUGUUGGCGCCUCAACUGGCCUUUUUGGUGUCAAUAUGGAGACCGCUACCAGUGCUCAUCUUAGCCGCAUUCGCCAUUGUGACAGGUGCCUUAAACUAUUUCUUACCGGAAACGCUAAACCGGAAGUUGCCGGAGACGCUAGAAGAUGGAGAAAAAUUUGGAAGAAAGAGGAAGAAGAGAGAUACAGAUAAUGCGGACAUCAAAAUGAACGGUAGGGAGGAGGAGAUGGAAGCAUUCAAGGAAUAAACGACAACAACAACAUUGGUUACCCAGAUCAGUAUCGGCGGCUAGGCAUCCGACGAUCAUGUUAAGAAAAUCUCCGGUUUCUUGAAUACUCAACAGCCUCACGUGUUGAUCAAUGAAACUUGCCUGCGUUUUGGACGCUCAAAGUUUUUUGUGCCCAGCAAAAACGCUAGGGUGUGUGGUGGUAUUGUAUACCAUUUGCGGUGCAGUGGGUGAAUAUGCUAACCACACCUUGAUUUCAAUGCAGUAUAAUCACUA